AUCUGGCAUCACUAAAUUAUCGAAGAAUAUUUUAUAAAGCCGUCCAUUUCUAUCACGUUCCCUUCUUUUGUAUUUGCAAGGCCAAGUUGAUAGAAUGGCGGCGCAUAAAUCUUUCAGGAUUAAACAGAAACUUGCUAAGAAGCUCAAGCAGAACCGAUCGGUUCCUCAGUGGAUCCGUUUACGUACUGGAAACACCAUUAGAUACAAUGCUAAGAGGCGUCACUGGAGACGCACAAAGUUGAAGCUUUAAACCUGUCGGGAUCUUACGUUACUUGUCGAUUUGGAUUUACAAUUAAACAUUGAUGCUUCAAUAAAUAUACAAAGCAAUUAAAA